GAUGGUCUUUUGGUAGGGGUUCUGUCCGGUUAGCCUCACAGAGGUGCAAAGGCAAUAGGCCUUCUAUUAACUCUUAAGACUUGUUCUGUUGAGCACAGAGACCAAGUCUUUGGAGUUAAGUAGUUUGAGAUAAAUACAAGUAUUAAAAGCAUUAAGUAAAUGACAUAGAGGAUUUUUAUAGUGGUUCAAGGAACAACUCGUUCCUCUAGUCCACUGUUCCACUAAGCUUGUAAAGUCACAAUUACAACGCCUUAGCCCUAGCUAUUAAGAAACUCUCCACGUCUUCUUCAAGUGUAGAUGUCACCUAGGAUGCACUCCCUUGCUUCCGUAUGACUGGUCCUUACACUGAUUUUCCUUGAAGUAUCCCCACUUCACUACUCCAGUUACUUUGGACGCCCUUCUUGUGAAAGAAGAUUGUUUGAACAUAGGUUUUCUCCAACUUGCUUCGUUACAAGAGAUAUGUAGUUGAAAUGCUUGAAGUGUUGAAGAACUGGAGGAACUUUGGUCUAUUGUUGGAUGAGAAAGAUAUGAGUGUAUAUCUUAUCCAACGUUCAAGUUUUUCUUGUUGAGGAUGAUGAGGGUGAGAUCUCAAGAAAACUUUUUUGAAUUGUUCGUAGAGAGAGCAAAAAUUCUUUUUAGUAGUUCUUCAUGAUGUAUCUUAUAUAUUGGAGUUGUCUUCCCGUUGGAGGAAGAAAACAACUUCAUUAAAUGCGCGUACAGUGGAGUUGACCGCUAGGACCCGCAAAGUUGGCGGUUUGCUAUAAGAUUCGCCUGGAAUCUCGGUCAAUCAUCAGCUUUAACUCUUCAAAGUAUGAAGCUCAUUAAAUGAGCAUUAAAUGCUAUGUCUUGUAUCUUUCCGUUGAGAGAAACUUAGCCGUUGAGGGAAUCUUCCGUUAGAAUAAUCGGCUUUGCAGCUUGAGAAUAAGUUAAAUGUGAGGGCUUCUGUUGCUGUAGGGAGGUAGUCACAGAGGGCCUCGAUCACUUCUGUCCAGUAGAAGUCCAACAGAGGGUCUGAAGGUCUUAUGUCCAGUAGAAGUCCAACAGAUGGUCAGAAGGUCUUCUGUCCAGUCGAUUAUACUAAUGCUUACAUAUGAGAAUUUCUAAUACAAUCUUCUAAAAGGGGUUCUGUUAAAAAAACCUAAAUAGUCUAGCAUCAUCAAAAUCUAAAUACAAUUUAUUCCUUACAAUGAUUCAUUCUUUAGACAAACCAAUUUGAUUUCAUCAUCUUUAUUGCAACCCUUACGUUAUUUCUGUGUCAUAUUAGGUUAGAAGAAGACGAUUCCUGUUGCGUUUGGGCCUCAGGUGACGGAGAUGACAAAUCAACUCUUGGAAUUAGGCAAUGAGGCGCAUGUGUAUUCCUCGUUGGUUACCGAGCUCACAGGUACGGACGUCGAACCCUCCGUAGUUAGUCCCCUUUGAGUUGGUAUACAUCGAUCUGUAAGGAAUUUGUCUAAGAUGUCUGGUCUAUCCAAAGAUGGAUCCCCUAUUUCAGUUGAAAGAUUAGACAAGGAUGAGGAUGUAGUCACUGUAGAUGAUGAGACUGGUGUUCAAUGCCUCCAAGAGGCCUGCCUGCCAAUACCUUGCUAGUCACGCUGCAUCAGUUCCGCCUCUUCUUCUACAAGCAUCCAUAGUCCAUUGAAUCCCUUGGAUCCUGCCAACUUGGUUUCAAAGAAAAGGAGAAUGACUCCUCCCGUGUCUCCGGCUGUCAAGAUUGCUCUCGUGGCUACAUGCUCCUUACUUGCGCCCUUGGUUCCACCCGUCUUGAAUGAUCAAGUCUUGCCCCUUGUGAAGAUGAAUCUUGAAUUUUCCGGUGACUUCUUCCAUCUGGAAAAUGCUCUGAAGAUGAAGAAUGAAAUCUCCCAGUUGUUGCUACCUUCUGCUAGUAGUGCCUUCUCCGGCUUUUCUCAUAUUGACAUACUUUCGGCUUCUUCUGCUUUUGCUUUCCAGGUUCGAAAAGAUACGUUAUUUAUAACCUUUGUUCGUUGAUUUUGCAAUAAUAUUUACUCCGUAUCCAGGGUAUUCAGGCCAAUCUAGCAGCCGCAGAUCGCAUCCGGGCCUUAGAGAAGUCUGAUCUGUAGUUGAUUCUCAGGCUAACGAAGCGGCUGUAAAAAGGGAGUUGUCUGUCACUGCUCGGUUGAAAUUGGAUUUGGAAGGUAAGGUGACGGUCAGGGGUUGAAUGAGGAGAUUAAAGCUAAAGACGCUAGAAUUAAGGCCUUAGAGGACUAUGGACAAAAGAAGAGAUAAGAAGUCGUUGAUGCAGCUGAGUUUUAUGCGUGGCAGAUGAAGAAAGAUAUUAUGAAGUCAUUCCUUGCAGGUGAGACGACCAAGUGGACGCCACAGGAGAAUAUUGACACCUGGACGAUGUACUUUGACGCUAUAGAGCCCCCCGUUGGUGAUGAUGGGUUUGAUUUGGGCUCUAACAACAAUGAAGCUAAUUCGGGUCCUCGCGGCUAGUCUUGAUAUGUCGUUGCUUUUAACUACUUAAACACUCUCUUUGAACUGCUUAUGUUUGCAUUUUUUUGCUUAGACCACAUCGCCCAGAACUUCACCCGGUGGUUUGGUGGUUCUGAUGUUUGACUCUUAUGCAUGUGUCUAGUGGUUUAUCCAGAGCUUAUAUCUUUUGUUAUGUUUGUGGGCAUAUGCUCUUAGUUGUUAUUAGAGAAAUUACCCUAAAUAGGACUAAAAGUACUUCUAUAUUCCAAAAAUAGGACUGCCAUGUUUUUUUCCUCAAAAUAGGACUAAUUACUGUCAUGUUUUGGCAGUACCAGGCUUUAAAGAUGACAGUAUUUUCCAAAUUUGACAGUGAUUACUCCUAUUUUGGGAAUAAAAACAUGACAGUCCUAUUUUGGAAUUUUCAAACUUAUUUAGUCCUAUUUCGGGAACUUUCCCUUGUUAUUAGAUAUAUGCUAUUUUUGUUUGCAUAUAGUAUUCAUUGUGUGAACAUUUGUGCGUGUACAGUUGUAGUUUUGGCCAAAACAUGCAAGGUGCAUGAGUCUGUCUUUCAUAUUUUUCUUAUGAAUGACCCAG